AUGGUGCGACCGACCACUGACGACGACACGGGGUUGAAAGUGCUGCGGGAGCCGACGUUGAGCCCGGAUGCCGAGAAUGGAGAGAAGAUCAUCGACAUUGUCGCCCUCCACGGCCUCGGCGCGCACCCGGACGACACCUGGACCCAGAAACGCCGCGAUGGCGAUGAGGUGCGCUGGGUCAACUGGCUCGAAGAGGAGGACAUGCUUCCAGUGGAGGUGCCGCAGGCACGUAUCAUGCGGUACGGUUACAAAUCGGGCUGGUUUGGAGUAGAGGCGAUCAAGCAGUCGGCUCGAACGACUGCGGAGCGGUUUCUAACUGCCUUGAGACGAGAGCGAAAGGAUUGCAUUGAUCGACCGUUGAUAUUGAUUGCCCACAGCUUUGGAGGGUUAGUGGUGCUCAAGGCUGUUUGCAAUACGUACCACGACCGAGACGACUGGCCCGGCGUGUUCGAUGCGGUCCGAGGGCUGGUCUUUUUCGGCACGCCGUUCCGCGGGGCGGACGGGAUGAGUCAGAGCGAAAUGGUGCAGGCGGCGGCACGAGAAUAUGCAGCUGAAGAUAUCGAGGCGGAGCCUCUCCACAUCCUCGACCCAGGCAACGAGCUGCUGCAAGACCUGGUGGAUGAUUUUCAGAAGAGGGUGUGGGCGAACAUGCCUGGUGCGCGAAUCGCCUGUUUCUUCGAACUCAAAGCGAGCGAGAUUGGAGCAAUCGUUGGGAAGCAGAGACGAAAGGCGUUUGCAGUCGAUGAACGAUCUGGGUGUUUCGACGUGUCAGACCGAGUGUCGAAACACUCGCUCGCGCGGACGCAUUUCAACAUGAACAAGUUUGGACGACCGACGGAAGAGGAUUAUUUAGUCGUGGUAGAAGUGAUCAAAAAGAUGGCGAAACAUGCUCGACAGCAACUAUCGGUGCCGUCGAUGCAGGUCCCACCUGUUAUAUCCGUGCCUUUGGAAACGACGUAUGAACAGGCAAGCCGGCGGCGAGUCAAAUAUUUCCGAGGUCGCCAAAAGCAGCUGAAACGACUUCAGGAAUACUUUACGGACGAUAUCGCGGACGAAUAUCGUGUACUUAUCCUCCAGGCGAUGGGCGGACAAGGGAAGAGUCAGAUUGCGCUGGAGUAUUGUCGACAACGGCGGUCCACUUAUGCGGAGAUGUUCUGGAUCAAUGCGAGUUCGGAGACGAUAGCGGUACAGUCGAUAGAACGAGUGGCGGCAGAGAUUAGACAGCCGCUGACGGGGAUCGACGACACUCGAACCAAAAUCCGACUGGUCGUCCAGGCGCUGGCGCGACGGAGCCAGCGGUGGCUCAUGGUGUUGGAUAACUAUGACGACCCGGAUCACUUUACGAGCAUUGAGCACUUUAUCCCAUCUCAUAGCAUGGGCGAUAUUCUUAUCACCAGUCGCAGUAAAGGACUGGAAGGACUCGGACGAGUCGUAAUAGUACCGCCCAUGACGAACCAGGAAGGGACAGAACUCCUCUUACACGACUAUCCAACGUCUGAGGUGGACGCUCAUCGGGAGAGAUAUGGUAAGAUCGUCGAACGGCUAGGCGGGUUACCUCUCGCCCUCGAUCAGGCAGCAGCCUUUAUCCGAUAUAAGCAGCUCGCGUUAGAUCAGCUCGACGAGUUCUUGAGCUUGUAUGAGGCACAACGCGAACAGGUGUUACGACAUACGCCCCGGCGAUUCUGGAAAUACGGCACGGUACAAGUCGACGGGAAAGAAGAAGAUAACCGGGCGAUCAGCGCAUUCACGACGUGGGAGAUGUCAUUUCAGCAGUUGGAAGAAGACGAGGCGCGGAGGGGCGAUAUUGGGCACUUCUUAACGGUGUCGGCCUUCUUCCAGCCCGACCGGAUUGACGAGUCACUGUUCCGCCACCACUGGGAAUGGACGCAACCGGCGCCGGCAUGGAUGAGGAUAUUCAGUCAUGAAGAUUCCGGCAGCAACGACCGCUCUCAGUCGUCGGAAUCUGACAGAGUCUCCGACAGCGACCCAGAAGGUCCUGCAAUGGCUUCGGUAGGGUCCGGGUCAGACGCAGAAGACGAGACGCCAGUGGUAGAUCGAGAACAGUGGAAUGCAGAUCUAUUUUGGAGGUUGAUCUCAAAGGCGUACGAUCUCUCUCUAUUAGACAGCAUCGCUAGUGGCGCGUCUAUCGAUGGGGCACGCUUCUCGUUACAUCCGGUGAUCUGCGACUGGCUGCAAGUUCGAUUGGGGAUGGAGGCGACUCACGAGUUUGUAUCUGAGGCAAUUGAGAUGGCGGCGGAUAAUGUCCGGCGUAUCGAUGGAUCCGUCGACUAUUCACUACAAGCGCGAGUGAUUCUCCUUGGGCACAUAAAUAUAUGCCUCGAGAAUGACCGACGGCUCUGCUCGGACGGACAACGAGUGGGACAGGAGUUGAGGAGCUGUGCGGUGGCGGGACGGCUUGCAUCGUUCUACCAAGACCAUGGGCGCUAUGAUGUAGCAGAGGGCCUCUACCGGCAAGUAUCCGAUACGAGAAGGGAGACGGUCGGGCUAGAAGACCCUUCGACGCUGACGAGCAUGAACAACUUGGCUAACGCGCUGAGCGGUCAGGGGAAGUACGCGGCGGCGGAGGAGAUGCAUCGAGAGAUAUUAAAGCUGAGGAAGAAGGUGCUCGGGGAGGAGCAUCCUAAGACGCUAACGAGUAUGAAUAACCUGGCCAGCGCGCUGAGCGAUCAGGGGAAGUACGCGGCGGCGGAGGAGAUAUAUCGAGAGAUAUCAAAGCUGAGCAAGAAGGUGCUCGGGGAGGAGCAUCCUUUAACGCUGACGAGUAUGAAUAACCUAGUCAGCGCGCUGAGCGAUCAGGGGAAGUACGCGACGGCGGAGGAGAUGUAUCGAGGAGAAUUAAAGCUGAGGAAGAAGGUGCUCGGGGAGGAGCAUCCGGAUACGCUGACGAGUAUGAAUAACCUGGCCAGCGCGCUGAGCGAUCAGGGGAAGUACGCGACGGCGGAGGAGAUACAUCGAGAGACAUCAAAGCUGAGCAAGAACGUGCUCGGGGAGGAGCAUCCUAAGACGCUAACGAGUAUGAAUAACCUAGCUAGCGCGCUGAGCGAUCAGGGGAAGUACGCGGCGGCGGAGGAGAUAUAUCGAGAGAUAUCAAAGCUGAGUAAGAACGUGCUCGGGGAGGAGCAUCCUUUAACGCUAACGAGUAUGAAUAACCUGGCCAGCGCGCUAAGCCAUCAGGGGAAGUACGCGACGGCGGAGGAGAUGCAUCGAGCGACAUUAGAGCUGAGGAGGAAGGUGCUCGGGGAGAAGCAUCCGGAUACGCUAACGAGUAUGAAUAACCUGGCCAGCGCGCUGAGCCAUCAGGGGAAGUACGCGACGGCGGAGGAGAUGCAUCGAGCGACAUUAGAGCUGAGGAGGAAGGUGCUCGGGGAGGAGCAUCCGGAUACGCUGACGAGCAUGAACAACCUGGCAUACCUUCUGGUGUUACGGUCUCGGUUUAUCCAGGCUGCAAUCUUCUAUGAGAGAGCAAUAGCUGGAUAUCGGCGAGUCCUUGGACCUGAUCAUCCUACCACCAGGGCGUGUGCGGAGGACUACUCUUCAUUCUGGAAUUCUCGAGGCAAUAAGAAGUAG